UCCGCCAUUUUAACUUCCUGCAUCAAUAGAAGACGAGCUAAUCGCACAGUAUUUGUACUCGAAACGUUUUCUGAAUUAUCGUAACAAAAGGGGGUUGUCUCGUUUGUUUUUCUUACAGGGAUCAAACUUACUACCUCUGUAUAGUUUCUGUCGUCUCGGUUAUUUUCAGCCAGAGAUUCGCGAUGCCGAGCCACCCGCUGCGAGUAGCGGUUGUGUGCUCGAGCAACCAGAACCGCAGUAUGGAAGCGCACAGUAUCCUCAGCAAACGUGGAUUUGAUGUGCGUUCAUUCGGGACAGGGUCUCACGUGAAGCUACCCGGUCCUGCCCCGGAUAAGCCAAAUGUGUAUGACUUCAAAACGACAUAUAUACAGAUGUACAACGACUUGGUCCGCAAGGACAAGGAACUAUACACACAGAACGGCAUCCUGCACAUGCUGGACCGCAACAAGCGCAUCAAAUCAAAGCCGGAGCGCUUUCAAAGCUGCAAGGACAAGUUUGACCUGGUCAUCACCUGUGAAGAGAGAGUUUAUGACCAAGUGCUGGAGGAUCUGAAUUCAAGAGAGCAGGAGACUCUUCAACCUGUUCACGUCAUCAAUGUAGAUAUUCAGGAUAACCACGAGGAAGCCACGCUGGGCGCCUUCCUCAUCUGUGAGCUGUGUCAAUGUAUCCAGCACACUGAGGACAUGGAAGAUGAAAUGGAUGAACUCCUACAGGAGUUUGAGGAGAAGAGCAACAGGCCUUUUCUCCACACUGUCUGCUUCUACUGAUAAACAUUAGAAAUCUGCAAUAAACACAGACCCGGGUUACAAGCAAUCAAACCAUAGUAUAUGGACACACACACACACACACACAACACACACACACUUCAUACUCCUCUGUCUACAACACAGUACAUACACAUUGUGUGCCUACACAGCCACACACACACACACACACACACACAGCUUUGGUCAGGACCUAACAAAUGGCUGCUGUUGGACAUAUGGGUGAUGAUGGGUUUUUCCUCUAUGCAGAGGACAGACUCGCUGCUCUCGCUCUGCCUUCAUUUCUCUGGAUCAAGGUCAGGCCAAGGUCCUCCCUCCAUCCCAGUCCAAUGAAAUCACUCAACCAUGUCUCCUCAGGGAGAGCCAUAACACCCACACCCCUGUUUCAACAACUCCUCAACCAGCCCCCUUUUGAUUUCGUUCAGUACGGCAUAUGAAUGCUGAUUUUUUUGUUUUCAGCAGUAUAUAUAUAAUUUUAAUUUGUUCAAGCAUAUUUGUCAGAUUUAUAUUCCUGACUUGGGACAGUGUAAAUGUGUUUAUCUGAGACGGACAGGGAGGAGAAGUAAUGAACUGAAUGCGUGUUUCUGUGCGACCAUGUGUUGUAGAUUAGUUCAUUAAGUUAAAGGGGGUGGGCUAAUAAUGAAUAACCAAACAUAGACCUCUCUGAGGCUCUCCUCCAGUGUGUUUCAGAUAUAAUGUGUUGAUUCAUAUUUAAACU